UAUUGGUUUGCCCCAACAGAAAUCGCGUCAUCAAGCUUCCUUGCUUCCUAAUAAACCCUCUGAAAAAAUAGAAAGAGAAAGAUUCAGGGGAGAAAACCAGAGAAAAAAAAUCCUUUUGAGAAGAGAAAAAGCGGCGAAAACCUGACUUGAUCUCGCCGGCUGAGCAAAUCAAUCCGUCUAUAGGCCGAUCGGAGCUGCCCUUCACUGCCGGUUUUGGUCUCUGAGGAUUCGAUCUAGUUGGGAGUUGGAAGUAUUGGGGUGCCGCGGAUCCGAGGGAUCGGAUCUAGGUUUCGUGGGCGAUACGUGGAAGGGAAGCGGAUGAGCAACGCAUGUUCCAAUCUUCUCGGAAAACGAUGAGAUGGGCGUCAUUGCUUAAGGACAUCAAAGAGAAGGUCGGUUUAUCGCAGUCGCAGCAUCAGACCGCCAACUCGUCCCCCGCCGUCGCAGCGGCUGCAGCCGCGGCGUCCGGAGCUGGAGCCUCAGGAGCGCCGGAUUCUUCCUCGACACCAUACGUUUCUCCGAGUUCUUCCCCUGCCAGAGGAAAAUAUGAAUUGGAGGUUGAUUUUAAGAGGUUCUGGGAAGAAUUCCGCUCUUCCAGCUCUGAGAAGGAGAAAGAAGCGGCUUUAAACAUGGCACUAGAUGCCUUUUGUAGAUUAAUGAAGCAGCAAUCUGAUGUAGCUCACUUAGUUACCAAGUUAGUUGAAGCACACAUUUUUUCUUUUGUUGUUGGAAGAGCCUUUGUGACAGAUGUGGAGAAGUUGAGAAUGCAUAGUAAAGGAAGAUCCUUGCAAGUUGCGACGGUCAUCAACUUCUUUUCUAAUGUCACAAAGGAUGGCAUGAGUCCGGGUUCAAAUUUUUUAUAUGCAGUAGAAGUUCUUGUGACAGGGCCAGUUGAUAAACAGCCAUUGUUGGACUCUGGCAUUCUUUGCUGCCUUAUUCAGAUCUUGAAUGCCCUACUGAAUCCUGAUGAAUCUAGUCAUAGGCUUUUUGUGGCAGAUGAAGCAGUUUCAAGUGUUAAAAGUAGUGAUGGAGAUAAUGUACAUGUUCGUCGGCUAGAGGUAGAGGGAAGCGUAGUGCAUAUCAUGAAGGCCUUGGCAAGCCACCCUUCAGCCGCACCAAGUUUGAUUGAAGAUGAUUCACUUCAACUUCUGUUUCAUAUGGUUACAAAUGGUUCUUUGAAUGUUUUCUCCCAAUUUAAAGAUGGUCUUGUCCGUUUGCAUACCAUCCAACUGCAUCGACAUGCCAUGCAGAUACUAGGCCUUCUUCUUACUAAUGAUAACGGAAGUACUGCAAACUAUAUACACAAGCAUCAUCUGAUCAAAGUCCUUCUUACGGCAGUGAAGGACUUCAAUCCUGAGAAAGGAGAUCCUGCAUACACAAUGGGCAUCGUAGAUUUGCUACUUGAAUGUGUGGAGUUGUCAGCUAAACCUGAAGCUGGUCAAAUUAGACUUAGGGAAGAUAUACACAAUGCUCAUGGCUAUCAAUAUCUCGUACAGUUUGCAUUAACACUAUCCAGCUUGCAUAGGGAUACGAUCAUUCAAUCUGCUAAUCCAGACUCUUACUUUCAAAAUUCUGAUUCUUCAUUCGUGUUAGAACAGGAGUUCUCUGGUAGAGGGGAUCCCCCCCAAUCCCAACUUUCUCCAACACUGUCAAGGCUGCUUGAUGUUCUAGUAAACCUUGCACAAACAGGCCCUGCAGACCCAAUUUCUACUGGUAGAGGUUCAAAAUCUGAUUAUGGGAAGGCUUCUACUCAUAACCGAAGUCGCACAUCUUCUCGCGAAAGGUUUGGUGAUGAGAUGUGGGAAAAGGGCGACAUGAGGAUCAAAGACCUUGAAGCAAUCCAGAUGCUGCAGGACAUUUUUCUGAAGGCAGACAAUGUAGAACUGCAAGCAGAGGUGUUGAAUAGAAUGUUUAAAAUAUUUUCAAGUCAUCUGGACAAUUACAAGUUGUGUCAGCAGUUACGGACGGUUCCUCUGUUCAUUCUAAAUAUGGCAGGAUUUCCUGCUUCAUUUCAGGAAAUAAUUCUUAAAAUAUUGGAAUACGCUGUUACUGUUGUGAACUGUAUUCCGGAACAAGAGCUGCUUUCACUCUGCUGCUUAUUGCAGCAGCCUAUUAGCACUGUUCUAAAGCACACAAUUCUUUCCUUCUUUGUCAAGCUUUUAUCCUUUGAUCAGCAAUAUAAAAAAGUUCUCAGGGAAGUUGGUGUCCUUGAGGUGCUGCUGGAUGAUUUACGACAGCACAAGUUUAUCUCCGGCAUUGAACAGCAGAAUAAUCCAUCCAAUACUUUUGAGAAAACCCUAAGUUCUAGCGGCUUCAAGAAACAUAUGGCGGACAAAGAUGCCAUCCUUUCAUCUCCCAGAUUUCUUGGAUCCGGUUCUUCGAAGUUUCCCAUAUUUGAGGAUGAGGGUACCUCAGCUGUGGCCUGGGAUUGCCUUUCUUCCUUAUUGAAGAAAUCUGAAACAAACCAACAAUCAUUUCGUUCAUGUAAUGGUUUCAGUACUGUUCUUCCCUUUCUGGCAUCAGUUAGCCAUCGAUCAGGGGUUCUGCGGUUGUUAUCCUGUUUGAUAAUUGAAGAUUCUCUGCAGACUCACCAUGAGGAAUUGGGCUCACUGGUUGAAGUUCUUAAGAGUGGAAUGAUCACAAGCGUGUUGGGGUCUCAAUAUAAACUUGAAAACAAUGCUAAAUGUGACACUUUUGGAACACUAUGGCGUAUACUUGGUUCAAAUAAUUCUGCACAACGAGUUUUUGGUGAAGCUACAGGCUUUUCUCUUCUAUUGACUACAUUACAUAGUUUCCAAAAUAGUGAUGAUGCCACUCGACAUUCUUCUUUACUUGCCAAUACAAAAGUUUUCAGUUUUCUAUUGCGUGUUAUAACAGCAGGAGUAUGCAAUAAUCCCAUUAAUCGUGUAAGACUUCAUGCAAUAAUGUCUUCACCGACAUUUCAUGAUCUUUUAUGCGAGUCUGGUUUGCUAUGUGUGGAUUGCGAAAAACAAGUCAUCCAGUUGUUACUGGAGCUGGCUCUUGAAAUUGUUUCUCCACCAUCUAUGCAAGCAGAAAGUGGGUCGUCUUCUGAUACUUUUGAGGAGGAAUGCAGUUUUCUUUCAAAUCCUUCACUAGCUAUAGACAGGCCUGACCAAGAGCGGGUAUAUAAUGCUAGUGCUGUGGGACUGCUGAUCCGGUCCUUGUUGCUUUUUACUCCAAAAGUGCAACUGGAGGUACUGAAGUUCAUUGAGAAGCUUGCUCAUGCUAGCCCUUUCAACCAAGAAAGCUUAACCUCUAUUGGUUCUAUUGGACUUCUUCUAGAGAUGAUUAACCCGUUUCUUGCUAGCUCAUCUCCAUUACUAUCUCAUACUCUGCAAAUUGUGGAGAUUCUUGGGGCUUACAGGCUUUCUUCUUCUGAGCUUCAAAUCCUUGUAAGAUAUGUUGUUCAAAUGAAAGUAAAAAGUUCCGGUCAUCUCAUUGUUGAUAUGCUGGAGAAACUAAUCCGAAUUGGAGAUACGAGGGUGCAGAGUGUUUCUCUUGCUCCUUUUGUUGAGAUGGACAUGAGUAAAGUUGGUUAUGCAUCUGUUCAGGUGUCGCUAGGGGAAAGAAUGUGGCCUCCUGCUGCGGGAUAUUCUUUUGUUUGUUGGUUUCAGUUUAGAAACUUGUUAAAAAGUCAGGUUAAGGAUUCAGAAUCUUUGUCCAAGACUGGAUCUUCUAGAAGAAGUAUUUCUGGUGGAGUUGUGCUGCGUUUAUUUUCAGUUGGAGCAGUUGAUGAUGGAAACACAUUCUAUGCAGAACUUUACCUCCAAGAUAAUGGCGUUUUAACUCUUGCAACAAGCAUCUCUCUUUCAUUAUCAUUUCCUGGCAUAGAACUACAUGAAGGAAGGUGGCAUCACCUUGCUGUUGUUCACAGUAAGCCUAAUGCAUUGGCUGGAUUAUUCCAGUCUAGUGUAGCAUAUAUUUAUAUUGAUGGAAAACUAAGACAUACUGGAAAGCUAGGGUAUUCACCAUCUCCCGCCGGAAAAUCAUUGCAAGUUACUCUUGGCUCCCCAAUUACUCAUGCUAAAGUUACAGAUCUUUCAUGGAGACUUGGUAGCUGUUAUCUUUUUGAGGAAGUACUUACAGCAGGUAACAUUUGUUUUAUGUAUAUUCUUGGCCAAGGUUAUAGGGGAUUGUUUCAAGAUACAGAUCUUCUGCGUUUCGUUCCAAGCCAGGCCUGUGGUGGGGGUAGUAUGGCAAUCUUAGAUUCACUGGAUGCUGAAUUAUCCUUAGCUGCAAAUGUGCAGAAAGUUGAUUCUUCUACCAAACAGGCGAAUUUGAAAAUGGAUGGCAGUGGAAUAGUUUGGGAUUUGGAAAGACUGGGGAGACUUGCUUUACAGCUAUCAGGGAAGAAGCUUAUUUUUUCAUUUGAUGGAUCAUCUUCUGAUGUAUUUAGAGCAUCCGGAACAUUUUCCUUGCUCAAUCUUGUUGAUCCAACCUCUGCUGCUGCUUCUCCAAUCGGUGGUAUACCACGUUAUGGCCGUUUUAAUGGAGAUAUCUACAUAUGUAAUAAACGUGUUAUUGGAGAUACUGUGCGCACAAUUGGCGGGAUGUCUAUUGUCCUUUCUCUUGUUGAAGCUGCUGAAACUAGGGACAUGUUGCACAUGGCACUGGAGCUACUUGCAUACUCACUUCAUCAAUGCCCUCAGAACGUGCAGGAAAUGCAAGCAUUACGAGGCUACCAUCUACUUGCCCUUUUCUUGCAUCGUAGGAUGUCAUUGUUUGACUUGCCAUCACUGGAGAUCUUCUUCCGGAUUGCUGCAUGCGAAGCUUGCUUUUCAGAACCUCAAAAAUCCAAAAUAAGCAGAGGAGUAUCUUUCCCCUCUGGAACUUCAGCGGAGACCAGUCUCAUGAAUCUUACCUUGCCGAAAUUUUCUGAUGAAAUAUCAUCUAUUGGAUCUCAGGCCGAUUUAGAUGACUUCUCAAUUCAGAAGGAUUCAUUCAGUCACAUAUCGGAGCUUGAAAAUUCAGAGUUACACGAAGAAAAUUCAAACUGUUUUGUUCUUUCUAAUGCUGAUAUGGUUGAGCAUGUCCUUUUAGACUGGACAUUGUGGGUCACAGCUCCUGUUUCUGUUCAAAUUGCACUGCUUGGGUUUCUUGAGCGGCUAGUCUCCAUGCACUGGUAUAGGAAUCAUAAUCUGACAAUUUUACGUAGGAUAAACCUUGUGCAGCAUCUUCUUGUGACACUGCAAAGGGGCGAUGUUGAAGUCUCUGUUCUGGAAAAACUUGUGGUGCUACUAGGUGUUAUUCUAGAGGAUGGUUUUUUAGUUUCAGAGCUUGAACUUGUUGUCAGGUUUGUGAUAAUGACAUUUGAUCCACCAGUACUGGCUGCACUCCAUCAUGUUGCGCGGGAGACAAUGGGAAAGCACGUUAUUGUGCGGAAUAUGUUGCUGGAGAUGCUUAUUGAUUUGCAAGUGACUAUAACUUCUGAUGAGCUGUUAGAGCAAUGGCAUAAGAUUGUUUCGUCUAAGUUGAUAACAUAUUUUCUUGAUGAAGCAGUACAUCCAACCAGUAUGAGAUGGAUCAUGACUCUUCUUGGAGUUUGUCUUGCAUCUUCUCCCACUUUUACCCUUAAAUUCCGUAGUAGUGGAGGUUUUCAAGGUUUAACACGUGUACUUCCAAGUUUCUAUGAUUCUCCUGAAAUAUAUUAUAUUCUUUUCUGUCUGAUUUUUGGAAAGGCUGUAUAUCCAAGGAUGCCGGAAGUUCGUAUGCUGGACUUUCAUGUCCUUAUGCCUAGUGAUGGUAAAUAUGUGGAGUUAAAGUUUGUGGAUCUUUUAGAAUCGGUAGUUACUAUGGCCAAAAAUACAUUUGAUAGAUUGAGCAUGCAAGUCAUGCUUGCACAACAAAAUGAUAAUAUGUCACACCUAAAUGGUAGCUUGGUCUCGGAGCUUGUAGAGGCCACAACAGACAUUGGAGGUGAUCUUCAGGGUGAAGCUCUGAUGCAUAAAACAUAUGCAGCACGGUUGAUGGGUGGGGAAGCUGCUGCUCCUGCCACAGCUAUGUCGAUAUUGCGGUUCAUGGUAGACUUGGCAAAGAUGUGCCCUCCUUUCUCUGCAAUAUGCAGGCGACCAGAAUUCUUAGAGAGCUGUGUAGACUUAUAUUUUUCAUGUGUAAGGGCUGAUUGUGCGAUGAGGAUGGCAAAAAAUCUUAAGCCUACAGAAAAUGAUGAGAAAGGCAUGAAUGACAACGAUGAUAAUUCUAGCUCGCAGAAUACCUAUACGAGCUUGCCAGCAGAUCAAGAGCAGUCCAGUAAAACUUCUGUGAGCUUAGGUAGUUUUCCGCAAGAGCAGAAGAGUAGUAGCUCAGAAGAUAUAGUGGGAAUGAAUACCUUUGUUAGUGAUAGUGUUGUGAAAAUGGCUUCUUCUCCCAUUUUGGAAUCUAUCACAACAGGCGAAAACACACAAACUCUCAAAAAUUUUGAGAAUCCUGAAAUCUUGCAGAAUACAACUAGUUUUGAGACAGUUGAGUUGAAAUUUAAUCAUUCAAACGGAAUUGCAGAUCUAACCCCUCCAACAGAUUCAUUAAGCUCUGCAUCAGUUUAUCCGCCAGAUUCUCCUAUUCUAUCUGAGAAAUCAUUUUCUAAAUUAUCCAUAACGCCGGCCUCACCUGCCCUUGUGCUAACUUCUUGGCUUGGCAGUACUGGAGGUAAAGAUGCAAAAGGAGUGUUGCCUGCUACGUCACCCAUGGGAUCAUCUUUAUCCAUGAAGGAAUUUGAAACAUCGCCUGAUGCACGGGCAAUAUUGCAUGGUUUAUCUGCUGCAAACAUGUAUUUUCCAAUCAAUACAAAAGUAUUACUUGAAAUUGAUGAUUUUGGAUAUGGAGGUGGCCCUUGUUCUGCUGGGGCAACUGCUAUUCUAGAUUUCAUCGCUGAAGUUCUUGCGGAUGUUGUCUUAGAGCAGUUGAAGGCAACUCAAUUUCUUGAAAGCAUUUUAGAAGCUGUUCCUUUGUAUGUAGAUGCUGAUUCAGCUUUAGUUUUCCAAGGUUUGUGCCUAGGUAGAUUAUUGAACUUCUUGGAAAGGCGUCUCUUGCUUGAUGAUGAGGAAAAUGAGAAGAAACUCGACAAGAGCCGUUGGUCUGUGAAUCUAGAUAGCCUAUGCUGGAUGAUUGUAGACCGUGUUUAUAUGGGCUCUUUUCCUCAGCCUGUUGGGGUGUUGAGAACACUAGAGUUCUUAUUGUCCAUGUUGCAACUCGCUAACAAAGAUGGCCGCAUUCAAGAUGCGUCUCCUGUAGGCAAAGGCCUUUUGUACAUUACUAGGGGAAGUAGGCAACUUGAAGCAUAUAUACAUGCAAUUUUGAAAAAUACAAACCGUAUGAUAAUGUAUUGUUUUAUGCCAUCAUUCUUAGCAUCUAUUGUGGAAGAUGAGUUUAUUUCUAAUUUGGGCUUUCUGGCAGAGAGUGGUAAAGUUUCUGGUACAAAGACGGUUCAGGAUGAAUCUACUAUCAGUAUAUGUACAGUUUUGCAAUUAAUAGUGGCCAACAAAAGACUUAUUCUCUGUCCAAGCAAUCUUGACACUGAUUUGGUUUGUUGCCUUUGUAUAAAUCUCAUUUCUCUUCUCCGUGACAAACGACAAGCUGCUCGAGAACUGGCAGUGGAUGUAUUCAAACAUCUAUUAUUGCAUCGUCGACCAGCUCUUGAGGAUUUACUCGUCUCCAAGCCAAACCAGGGAAAAAGUUUGGAUGUUUUGCAUGGUGGUUUUGAUAAAUUGUUAACAGGAAAUCUCUUGGUGUUUUCUGAAUGGUUUCAGAAGUCAGAACAGACUAUUAAUAUGGUUUUGGAGCAAUGUGCUGCUAUUAUGUGGAUUCAAUGUGUUACUGGGUCAGCAAAAUUCCCUGGAGUGCGUAUCAAAGGUAUGGAGGUUCGUCGUAAGAGAGAAAUGGCAAGGAAAUUACGAGAUGCCUCAAGAUUUGACGUACGACACUUGGAACAAAUAAAUGAAAGGAGAUAUGCGCUUGAGUUAGUUCGUGAUUUGAUGGCAACUGAACUGAGGGUCAUACGCCAAGAUAAGUAUGGAUGGGUUCUCCAUGCUGAGAGUGAGUGGCAUACUCAUUUGCAACAGCUUGUUCAUGAACGAGGUAUAUUCCCCGUCUACUCUUCUUCUUCAGAAUCUCAAUGGCAGCUUUGUCCCAUUGAAGGUCCAUAUCGCAUGCGCAAGAAACUUGAACGUUGCAGCUUAAAACUGGAUAUACUUCAGAGCAUUCUGACAAGGGGAUUUGGAUUUGGAGACAAUAAGCUAUUGAGGGAAAAAACUGGUCUGGAUACCCCGAGAGCUGAUUCUGAUCCAUAUUUCAAUCUUUUGGCUGAAACUGGUGAGCAGAAGUUUAAUGGGGAUGAUGAAGAGUCUCUUUUCAAGGACAUUGAUGAGUUCAAAGUUGAAAGGUCAGGAUUUGGCCACAGCUCCUGGACCGAUGAUCGUUCCAGCAGUGUGAAUGAGCCAAGUCUUCAGUUUGCUCAAGAACCUGGUGUCAAGUCUAGUUCUGGUUCUGCUCGAAUAACAGAGAGUUUCAAUGCAAGAUCUGACAUUGGCUCUCCAAGACAGUCACCCUCCAUGAGGGGUGAAGACUUGAAAGGUGUUGAUGAGAAAUCAGAGAAAGAACUGCAUGAUAAUGGUGAAUAUCUUAUCAGGCCUUAUCUUGAACCGUCAGAAAAAAUAAGAUUCAAGUAUAAUUGUGAAAGAGUUGUAGGCUUAGACAAGCAUGAUGGUAUAUUUCUUAUAGGGGACCUCUGCUUAUAUGUCAUUGAGAAUUUCUACAUUGAUGAUUCUGGAUGCAUAUGUGAGAAGGAGACUGAAGAUGAACUCUCUGUUAUAGACCAAGCUUUGGGUGUGAAGAAGGAUAUUUCAGGAGGCAUUGAAUUCCAGUCUAAGUCACAUUCUACAUGGAGCAUUAGUUCAAAAUCAUUGGUUGGUGGAAGAGCAUGGGCUUACAAUGGGGGUGCAUGGGGGAAGGAGAAAGUUUGUACCAGUGGUAAUCUUCCCCAUUCAUGGCAUAUGUGGAAGCUUGAUAAUGUUUAUGAACUUGUGAAACGUGAAUACCAACUUCGUCCUGUAGCUGUUGAGAUUUUUAGCAUGGAUGGAUGCAACGACCUUUUGGUUUUUCACAAAAAGGAGCGGGAGGAAGUCUUCAGAAACCUAGUUGCCAUGAAUCUUCCUCGCAACAACAUGUUGGAUAUAACUAUUUCAGGUGCUUCUAAACAAGAUGGCAAUGAGGGAGGCCGCCUUUUUAAGAUUGCAGCGAAGUCCUUCUCAAAAAGAUGGCAAAAUGGAGAGAUCAGUAAUUUCCAGUACCUUAUGCAUCUUAACACGCUUGCUGGCCGUGGAUAUAGUGAUCUGACGCAGUACCCAGUAUUUCCAUGGGUGCUUGCAGAUUAUGAAAGUGAAAUUCUAGAUUUAUUCAAUCCAAAAACUUUCCGAAAAUUGGAUAAACCAAUGGGAUGCCAAACACCAGAAGGAGAGGAAGAGUUCAAGAAGAGAUAUGAGAGUUGGGAUGACCCUGAUGUACCAAAAUUUCACUAUGGUUCUCAUUACUCCAGUGCUGGGAUUGUUCUUUUUUAUCUUUUAAGGUUGCCACCAUUCAGUGCCGAAAACCAAACUCUGCAAGGGGGCCAAUUUGACCAUGCCGACCGCUUGUUCAAUAGCGUGAGGGAUACUUGGUUGAGUGCUGCAGGGAGGGGUAAUACCUCAGAUGUGAAGGAGCUUAUUCCUGAGUUCUUCUACUUGCCAGAGUUCCUGGAAAAUCGUUUUAACCUGGACUUGGGAGAAAAGCAGUCCGGUGAGAAGGUUGGUGAUGUUAUUUUGCCUCCUUGGGCGAAAGGAAGUCCAAGGGAAUUCAUAAGAAAACAUAGGGAAGCGCUGGAAUCAGAUUAUGUUUCUGAGAAUCUGCAUAACUGGAUUGAUCUAAUUUUCGGUUACAAGCAGAGAGGAAAGGCAGCUGAGGAUGCUGUAAAUGUCUUCUAUCACUACACCUAUGAAGGAAAUGUUGACAUAGACUCUGUGACUGAUCCUGCCAUGAAAGCUUCCAUUCUUGCUCAGAUCAAUCAUUUUGGCCAAACUCCAAAGCAAUUAUUUCAGAAACCUCAUGCGAAGCGCCGAAUUGAUAGAAAAAUUCCUCUUCACCCACUUCGCUACUCUGCUCACCUUCUACCCCACGAAAUCCGCAAGUCUCCAUCAUCCAUUUCUCAAAUUGUCACCUUCCAUGAUAAGGUUCUUAUUGCAGCCUCAAACAAUCUGCUUAAACCUAGAACAUACAGCAAGUACAUUGCAUGGGGUUUCCCUGAUCGAAGUGUGAGGAUCAUGAAUUAUGAUCAAGACAGACUCCUCUCCACUCAUGAGAACCUUCAUGGUGGGAAUCAAAUCCUCUGUACUGGAGUGAGCCAUGACGGUCAGAUUCUUGUUACUGGGGGUGAUGAUGGCGUAGUUGCAGUCUGGAGAUUUUCCAAAGAUAGUGUUCGAGUACAACGCAGCCUUCACCUUGAGCGGGCUCUCUGCGCCCACACAGCCAAGGUCACCUGUGUUUAUGUCAGCCAACCUUACACAUUAAUCGCCUCAGGCUCCGACGACUGCACUGUCAUCUUAUGGGAUCUUUCAAGUUUGGCCUUUGUCAAACAACUCCCUGAAUUUCCGGCACCGGUUUCAGCCAUACAUGUCAACGACCUCACCGGAGAGAUCCUAACAGCUGCUGGAGUUCUUCUGGGAGUGUGGAGCAUCAAUGGAGACUGCCUUGCUGUUGUCAACACUUCACAGCUCCCAUCCGAUCUAAUCUUGUCUGUGACAAGCACAACAUUUUCAGAUUGGCAGGACACUAACUGGUAUGUUACAGGACACCAGAGUGGGGCUGUGAAAGUCUGGAAAAUGGUGCAUUGCAAUGACAUUGAUGAGUCUAGUGGGAAGAACAAGUCGCCAACAAAUGGCUCGGGAGGGCUAAAUCUCAUCGGCGAAGCUCCAGAGUACAGAUUACAACUCCAUAAGGUGCUGAAGUCACAUAAACAUCCAGUGACAGCUCUGCAUAUAACAAAUGAUCUCAAGCAGCUCCUAACUGGUGACUCAGGAGGGCACUUAUUGUCCUGGACUCUAGCUGAAGAUAUCUUAAGAGCCAAUUUCGGGCAAGGGUAAUCUUCCAAACGAAGAAUCCCGUAUCGAAAAUUGAAUCUAACCUGAAUUCCCAGUCUGGGUUUCAGGUUGCAGAUGAAGCAGCAUCUGCUUAACCCAGUGAGGGGCUGGCCUGGAAAUUACAGAGAUAUAAGCCAUCAGGUUUUGGUCACAGGUACAAAGAAACUCCUACAGGGUAUUUAGAUUGCAAAAGAGAUUACAGAAUAUGACAUAAAUAAGUGCUAACAGGUCUGCAAAGAUACUUAAUAUCAGAAGGAUAGAAAGUGGAGAAUUGCUGUUGUGGUGUGCAAUACAAGCUUUGCUAGUUUAUAAGUUUUGAUGUAAACUAGCAAAGUUUCCCAUGUAUUAUGCAAGUUGAAUUCUUUUUUGAAAUACCAAAAUAUUUAAAGAAUGAAAUUGAAGAGGGACAAUGAGGGUAGAAAUUGUAUUAUUGCAUCAUUUUAAGAGAGGGAAUGUAUCAGUUUAGUUAUGUGAAUCCAUUCAUGGGAAUUGUUAUAGGGGUUUUUUGGUUUGUUACAAAAUAUUGUAAAUUAAAUAGAAUGGGGAGAACUAUAUUGCUUUGUUUUGAUUUAUUGCAAGUGUUACAUUUUUUUCU